GUGACCCCUCCUCCGCCCUCCCCCUCCUCUUCCUCUCGGCUCCAUAUUGAUACCGAAGGAGGCGAGUGUGGUCACAAAAUGGAGCAGACAUUCCUAUUGGCAUUGGGAAUAAACUGCCAACACACUUAGAGCUGAAAAUCUAUUGUUUUGCUGCUUUAACUCUUAGGUUUGGCGAGAUAUACUGUAUGCACAUUAGGUCCAACUUUAGCUAUUUACAAAAAAGACCCAGUACAUCUCCAUAGUAUUCUCUGAAUGAACAGGUUUCCUAGAUCUAAAAGAAAGGCUGAGUUAGAGUACCCUUCCAAAAUGGCUGCUCUUAAGGAAGAGAGAGAUGUGGAAGACUACAAGAGGAAAGGAAGAAGAUCCUCACAGCAGAAAUACCGUAGACUGAAUAAGGGCCAUGAGCCAAAGGAGCCGGAGCAGUUGAGAAAGCUGUUCAUUGGAGGCCUGAGCUUUGAAACAACAGAUGAUAGCUUGAGAGAGCACUUUGAAAAAUGGGGCACGCUCACGGACUGUGUGGUGAUGAGAGACCCACAAACAAAACGUUCCAGAGGCUUCGGCUUUGUGACUUACUCUUGUGUGGAGGAGGUGGAUGCUGCCAUGAGUGCUAGACCGCAUAAGGUUGAUGGGCGCGUGGUUGAACCAAAGAGAGCGGUUUCGAGGGAGGAUUCUGUAAAGCCUGGGGCACAUCUCACAGUAAAGAAAAUAUUUGUUGGUGGAAUUAAAGAAGAUACAGAAGAAUAUAACUUAAGGGAGUACUUCGAAAAAUAUGGCAAGAUUGAAACCAUAGAAGUCAUGGAAGACAGGCAAAGUGGAAAGAAAAGAGGCUUCGCUUUUGUAACUUUUGAUGAUCAUGAUACAGUUGAUAAAAUUGUUGUUCAGAAAUACCAUACUAUAAAUGGACAUAACUGUGAAGUGAAAAAAGCACUCUCAAAACAAGAGAUGCAGACUGCUAGCUCUCAGAGAGUAAAAUAUUUUGUAGGUCGUGGGGGUGGCUCAGGCAACUUCAUGGGUCGCGGAAACUUCGGAGGCGGUGGAGGGAACUUUGGCCGAGGAGGAAACUUUGGUGGAAGAGGAGGCUAUGGGGGUGGUGGUGGCGGUGGUGGGAGCAGAGGAAGCUUUGGGGGUGGUGACGGAUACAAUGGAUUUGGUGAUGGUGGCAACUAUGGAGGUGGUCCUGGCUAUGGCAGCAGAGGAGGUUAUGGUGGUGGUGGAGGACCAGGAUAUGGAAACCCAGGUGGUGGAUAUGGAGGUGGAGGAGGAGGAUACGAUGGCUACAAUGAAGGAGGAAAUUUUGGUGGUGGUAAUUAUGGUGGAAGUGGAAACUAUAAUGAUUUUGGCAAUUACAGUGGACAACAGCAGUCUAACUAUGGUCCCAUGAAAGGUGGUGGCAGCUUUGGUGGCAGAAGUUCAGGCAGUCCCUAUGGUGGUGGUUAUGGAUCUGGAAGUGGAAGUGGGGGCUAUGGUGGUAGAAGAUUCUAAAAAUGCUACCAGAAAAAGGGUUGAAUGAGAAGCUGCUGCUUGACAAAAUGGGGAAUGUCUUGCACAUCCUCUUCAAUUGAAGGUUUCUGACUGGGUAAGACUUGUAGUGUAUAGUACAACACUUGUUUAACGCUUAUUUCCUCCUAGGCUUUCCUUUGCCAGCCUCUUGAUACCAAGGAAAGCCUUAGGUACUAAGGAGCAAGUAUUCCAGCACGCGCCAGCCAGUGUUGCCUGCUCCGGGCGAGGGUUGCGUGCUGGCAUAGUUGCUAGCCAAGAAUCUUCUGCUCCUGGCAGGUACAAAACUGCUGCGUGCCCGAGAUCGACAAGGCAGAAACGAUCAAUGUUUUGAAAUGUGCGCUCUGGUUUCCGCGGGGAGCGUGCAGUGGGGGUUCUCGAGAAACUGUUUGUUGCCUUGUAAUAGAAAGAGCCGCCUUACAGAAACCCAGAAAGGUGAAGAUGCUGAAGCGGGUCAUCGCAAUUCUCGGUAGCGCGCGGUACGCUGCCGCCGCAGUAAUUCUGUAGAGGCGCUUUGCCUUGGGUAGAGCAGUGGUUUCCCUCCUCAUGCGUUAAUCUUGGCUUACCAGGUGGGUUUGUAUGUAUCUGUGCAAAUCAAAGAGUUCCAGAUUUCUCCCCCCCCUCCCCCCCGCCUUGGGUAGUUUAGCGGAGGGUGAGACUCUCGCGUGACACCCAGCUGAAAGCACAGCUGCGUUUAUACAGACGAAUGGCGACAAAAGAACUUUCCAUGGAAUCCACUUUUGUGCACACUGGUUCUUAACUCUUGGAACGUGCGUUUCCUUUUCUGCACCUUCGGUUGUUGGGCCUGGGGUAUUUUUAACUCCUUUUAUAUAGUAGUCCAGUACCUAUUUAAACUUACCAAUACGUUUUUGAGUCUGCGUUAUUUUUGCGAAGUCAGUUUCUAUUUUAGUGUUGGUUAUGCUUCAGUUAGAAAAGAAAGUUGAAUGGAACCUUUGCAUUUUGGUUUAACCUGGGGCUUAGGUGUGUUCACAGACUGAUUCAAGUACUUAAACCUGUUACCUGCUGUCUGUAAACAAACAUCCGGAAAGCAGACUCUUGACACUGUAACGUACAAUUAAAAGUUAACUUGGAAGUAAUUUGCAAUGGUCUUGUUGAGAUUUUCAUUUUCAGGAGCUACUUAACGGAAAUCUCACAGCGACUGUAUUUUUAAAAAAACGCUGACAGACUUUUUUUAGUUAGCCAAGGGUGAGCCAAAAUUCAGAACUUCCGCAGCGAGGUCGCAGCCUCUCUCUCUUUAGCAGCUUGGUGCUGAGGUGACAAACUUGCUUUCUUGCACCCGGAGGUGGGAAACCUUUGCUUUUCCUCUGCUAGGCAGAGCUGCCCUUGUGAGCUCGCCGGGGCACCCGCACGCAGCAGCGGCUGGCGGGGAAAAGCCUUGGUUACCCUGCUGAGGGCAAACGCUUUUGUACUUUGGCAGGGGAGGGGGACAGGACGCAUUGAAGUUUUUAAACAGUGAAAUCUUUAAAAUGUUUUAACAAAAGUAAGUCUUAACUUCCAGUUUGCAUCCCAUUGCUAGGCCUGCAUAUAGAGCAAAGCUCUGCCUUUCCUUAAAAUUGGAGGGUUCUGCGUUGCUGCAGGCUUUGCUCUGUGCUCUGGAGGGGCCUCUUUGCACCACGUAUAAGAACUAGAUAUUCGCUGUUAGAGUUAUUUUCACACUUGGAUUUACAACACUCUUGUUAGUCUAUUUUGCUUAAUCUCAGUUAUUCACACCCCAAUUUGUUUAGAAAUAAACCUCAUCAGAGAUAAACACAUCCUUUAGGAGUACUUGGUCAAGCAUAUCUUUGUCCAAGAGGCACUUCCAAGAGUUAAGAAUAUUGUUUCCUGGCUAGGCUUUUCUAUAGUGGCUGCUACUGGAAGUAGCAGCUGUAAAUGGAGAUAUAAAGAUGUAAAGUUCACAAAGCGUUGCUCCCUAACCUGCAGUUCUACAGACGUUUAUUUGAUAUCGAAACCUGCGUGUUAACCUAAAAGCAAAUGGUACUUCCAGGUAGCAAAAUGUGUAUUUCCCCAAAAGGGGCCCAGGUUGAUGCAGAUGUUGUGUUUUGUUACUAGGGAACACUGGAAUUAAAUGCAGCAUCGUAACUUUGAUAUCCUUUAAAUGUUUGAGGCGGGAAGGGGAAUGCUCCUAGGCUUUCAAGCAUUGAUUGUGUGAUGUGCUGACUUGCUGUCUUUUGGUUCCUGUGUUUAAGACAUUAACGUGUUUCCAUAUACUGUCUGCGCUGCAGUGGAAUAUUCGCUUACGUAUCAGUCUGUGGUCUCUGACAAGUGUUUGUAUCUUAAAUUGUGUGGAGCAUGAAAGAUCUUGAGUUGUCGCUCAAAUUCAGAUAUCUGAUGGAUGGUUCUUUUUCUGCUGUGGGUGCUACAGGUUGACAUCUCUGUCUAAGAUUAGCUUUUUCCUGAACUAAAGUAAUCCAAGUAUCUCCGUAGAAGAAAAAUGGCCUUCAUGUAGAAGAUAAUAUCGCAAGAUUGGAAACAGAAAAAUGUGUUGUAAUAACUGGCAGAGACUUCAAGAGCAAUGGUGCUAGUGUGCUGCGAUCUUAGAACUUGUGGUUAAACAAGUUUAAAAAUAGCAUGGAAGUUAAAAAUUGCAGUAUAGUCCAUAAUGGAUUGAAAUUUGUUAAAAUAUUUCAAUUUUGUAUCAGAAUAAAGUGUAUAUUGUCAAAUGACUUACCAUCUAAACUGUGUUGCCAUCACCUUUUUUUAGUGCUGUGAGGAACACAAAGCGGUCUUAACUUAUUGCAACACAUUGUGAGUUACAGGAUCAUCUUUCCAGCUCAGGACUGCCGGUCAGAAAACCGUGGUUCAGCCCAGCUCCUCGGCUUCCCUGUUAACAGUGUUAAAACUGAAUGUUUUCAUCAAGAAAUAAACGGUCUUCAGGUGGAGACUUGUCAGUGUAUGAGGUCAGCACUGACUGUGAUGCGUUACACUUGGCAAUGUCACUUUGUCGCUCUCAAGUUUGGGAACAUACUCUGUACCUCGGUAAUAAUAAUAAAAUUAAGGAUAUAGUUUGCGAUCUGAUGUUUCCACGUGUACCAAAAUAAUCAAAUGGAGAACAUUUUUUUUUUCCUUCCUCAGUGGUGGUGUGUGUUUCGAUGCGUGUACAACGGUCACUGCCUCCAUGAUAUGAAAAGUACUGGUUUAAACUGAAUGCAAGCUGUUGUGGUCCGAGUUACUUCACACUGAUGCUUUGCUGGGUGGAAUUCGAUCAAGGCUUCUGCAUUAACUGCAGCUUUUUUGUUGUUGCUCUGUUCACUGUGGUGAGGGAAUGAGUAUCCCUGCAUUAGGUUUCAGAAAUGUGGUAGCAGAAAUACAGCGGCCCCUGCGAAGGCUGUAAGGAUGCUGUUUGCCUUUGGCUUUCAUGCUAAAAUAAGGAACAAAUGGAAGCAGAGGGCAGGGGUUUACAGAGGUCUCUGUGGCCAAUUUGUAAGUAUCUGUAUUACGGCUAGAGGGAACAUUUUCUCUGCAAGUCAGAUGUUCGCUAGCCUAGUUCAGGGCAGGGGAAGAACCCAGGAGCUCUUCCUCUUCAGGCGCUCUCUGCUUUGCCAUCAGACCUACCCAUGCGUCAGAGCUACUGUGCAUCGGUGUUGAAAGACGGUCCAGGGCUGCAGCUCACUCUGCUUCCUCCUUAAUGCUUAUGCUCUAAAAUUGCUGUCCUUUAUGGAUUUUAGAUCCUCUCGCUUUAAACGGCAGCGGUGUCUCACAUUCCCCUAGUGUUCACCCAGGCUUGGCGACUGCUAGGGCUGUUUUCCUUCGUAGGCAGGGCUGGUGGCAAAGUCAGUAGAGAUGCAUUGGAACAACAGCAGCAAGAAAAAAUACCCCUCACUGCUGCAGUAUCUUCGACUCGCUUUAGCUGGUGCUUGGCUCCCCUAUCUAGAGCAAAUAGACCUGCUUUGUCCAUCAGAUCCAGCCUCUGGGUUUUCAACCGUUGGUAUUGACUGUUUGCUCCAAAAAGAGGAGUGUUCUUCAUUCGGAGCGUGUCAAGGACUGCGCAGUGGGAUGGACUGGUGCGCCGUUAGGAAGGAAGAAGGUCAGGAUAAGCAAGGUAAGCAGUCUCAGAAGUGCAAGUUAGGUCACCUGGAUUUACGUUUCCUGAUGUCUUCUGCAAAACCAGAUGUUACUACUUGAUGUAAUGGGUAGGGUUCCUAGUCCUUCCAGGGAUGCUGGAAGUGUGAGGCUGCAGGUGUUUUCAUGACUUUGCUGUAUCUGCCGCCUCAGAUACAGACGUUUUGUGGGGCAGGACCUCGCAGCAAGUAACGGGGUAUGAGAGGCUGUGUGUGAAACUGUUCCUUUUCUCUUAAGGUAGGUAGGGCUGGAAUAACUGAUAGUCCCGGGUUUAGGUAUGUUGGCCAUUAUGCUCACCUUUUAAAGAGUCAAUAGGGUCAGGGUUCCUGGCAUUACACUGCCCUGGAGCGAAACUGCCUUCUUGGUGAAGCUGUUAACUGCUCUGCUUUCCUACCCCUGCUCUUCUCUGGUUAGAGGGCGAGUGUGUGCGUCUGCACCAGGCACCAGAGAGGCCUCUGCUAUGCGGAAUCAGUAACUGAUUUACCGGGAAGAUGAAUGACAAGGUGACAGAGAUUGGAAAUAAAAAGUUAUUUGGGGUAAUAAAAACCAAAGGUGAUUCUGCAGUUACACCGAUACUGCUGUGACCAGGUGGACAAUAAAAUAGCAUCUGAAAUUCUCUGCAUACAGGGAAAACCAAACCUGGUACUUGCAUAAUCGCGGGCUCCGAACUAGUUAAGUCUGUUCAGGUGAGAGGGCUGAGUCACUGGAGAGGUGUAGGAAAGCAGCAAACAGCAUAGAACAGUCAAGACCAGGAGACAGACCUGUGACAGAUCGAUAUUCACCAGAACUACAGCUUUCUGUACUGCCUCUUUGCACUGUUCUUUCUUUUUUCUUUCUUUGAGGACACUCCGAAGGUCCAUAAAAAGUGAUACAGUAUGGAAGUGGGAUUAUGAUAAUCUAAAAUUGUUCCUUUGGCUUUCAUGGCCAGCCAUGAGAGGAGAUCCUUUCUGCUGGAUGUGCAACUCCAGCAUCAUUAAAAAGUUUGGGAAAUAAAAAUCUCGAGACUGAAUUCACCAACAACCACAUCACUUUAGCAUUACUCUAACUUUGUGAAUAACGAGCUAAUGGUUUCCUCUUCAAAACCUCUUUCCUACAACAUUAUUAAACAAUUUUUGUGGGUCCUACUCUACCUUUUUUCAGUAUCUCCUGUUCCUUCUUUUAAAGAAGUGUACCACAAGGUCUUGCAAAACAACAUGGUGUUUAUUAUCCUAAGUGAAGUUAUGCGUAAUAUUGUAAUAGACCAAGUAUUCCUAAAAUGAUACAGAGCAUCAGUGGCAGAAGAACCAUUUUGGAUUAAAGGUGCCUUUUAGGAGUGUCACAGGGAAGAUGAAGAAAGAUGAUACAGUUUUUAAUGUUCAGAUCAGUAUGUGUAUUUCAAAUCACAAAUUAUGCAUUUUCUGUAUUCAAAAAAAUCCACAAUGAUCAAGUACAAUGAGUCCAUUAGAAGAGUAAACAAACCAAUGCUAUUUAUUUGCCCCAUUUUUAUUCUCUUCUAGGUCAUAAUUUAAACUCCACAGUGCUUUUCAAUGAAGUGAGCACAGGUUCCAAACAGUGCAGUUGGCAGGCAGUUGGUAUCCCUCCUUCCGUAAGCUCCAAAGUAACAGCAGUGACAAGCGGCGCUCGCUGAUCAGAGUCAGAGAGGUGUGGUGUAUUUCUAGAACAAUUACUCGGAAGCGUACAGAAUUUUUAGCCAGAAAAAGGCAUAAUGCUGACAGUGUCUUCAUUAACAGAUUUUAAAUGCCUUUAGAGGAAAGAUCUAUCCUCCCUCAAUUUAAGUAGUGUUCAAAGAGCAAAAUAAAAACUAUGUAAACUUAGCACAGAUUUGAAACUUAACUUUGUGUUACACAGUCCUUCCAAAUGGCUGUUAAAAUGAUGCCAAACGAAGCAUUAGUAAUGCUGACGAUGCUGUGCAAUACAUCUCCGGUUAUUAAGCGUAUUUGUUACAUGAAGACGUAGCCAGGGAAAACUAGUGAGGGUUUCCCUCCUUUAGGGAAAUAAAUGUGUAUGAAGUAGAGUUAAAAAAAAAAAAAAA